AUGACCACUCCAAUUCCCUCCCCGCCAUCUCUUCCCUUCCUUGGCCAUGUCACACAUAUCGACAAGGAAGUCCCCCUUCGCACUUAUGUGUUGCUUUCCCAGCAGUAUGGCGAAAUAUAUCAAAUGAAUCAAUUCUCUACCCAACGCGUUGUCAUCAGCUCGUACGAACUUGUGAAUGAAUGCUCUGACGACAAGCGAUUCUACAAGGGCAUCAAAGGGUCAACGCUCGAACAGGUCCGCAAUGGCGCUGGUGAUGGUCUAUUCACCGCGCGCGAAGACGAGGAGAAUUGGGGUAUUGCCCACCGUCUCCUUAUGCCAGCGUUUGGAACGGCUGCAAUCAAGGGAAUGUUCGACGAUAUGAUGGACAUUGCUUCACAACUAAUCUCCAAAUGGGAGCGAUUCGGUCCAACGGCAGUGAUCAACCCGGCUGAUGACUUCACGGGACUGACGUUUGAUACGAUUGCUCUGUGUGCCAUGACCCACAGGCUCAACUCCUUCUAUAGAGAAACUAAUCAUCCCUUCGUGCAAGCAAUGGCCGACUUCCUCAUAGAAUCCGGCCAUCGCGCCAACCGUCCCUCACUCGUGACCUCGGUUUUGGGCUAUCAGACGAAGUACGAGAAGGACAUCAAAAUCAUGUCUGAUUUGGUGGACGAAAUCAUCGCGGAACGCAGAGCUCACCCGAUCGAGAAGAACGACCUUCUCAACAAGAUGCUCUUGGGUAAGGACCCGAAGACUGGCAAAAAGCUGCCCGAAAAGAAUAUCCGCUACAACUUGCUAACGUUCCUCAUUGCUGGACAUGAGACCACAUCAUCGACCUUGACGUUCACCAUUUAUCACAUCAUUAGUAACCCGGAGGCUACUCGCAAGUUGCGAGAAGAAGUGGACGAGGCCCUUGGGGAUCGGCCCAUACAGCUGGGAGACCUGAACAAGUUCCCGUAUCUCAAUGCGUGUCUGCGUGAAUCGAUGCGCUUGAGUCCCCCCGCGCCUAUGCGUUAUGUCAAUGCUAUCAGUGAUACAAUAAUCGGCGGGGGAAAGUACGCAGUUAAGAAGGACCAGACUGUGAUAGUAAAUGUCGCGACAUCCAUGAGAGAUCCACAGAUUUGGGGCGAGGACGCGGACGAGUUCAAACCGGAACGCAUGCUGGACGGAAAGUUCGAGGCUCUGCCCCCCAACGCGUGGCAGCCUUUCGGCUUCGGGAUGCGCGCCUGUAUCGGCCGUGCGCUCUCAUGGCAAGAAAUGACUAUCAUCAUCGCGCUGAUAUUCCAGCAUUUCUAUCUCGUCGUAGAUGACCCCUCGUACGAGCUCCAACUCAAGCAGACGCUCACCAUCAAGCCGAAAGACUACCACAUCCGUGCGAUCCCUCGCAAGGGCGGCUCCGUACCGAUUGCUCUGUCGAGCUCAUCACUGCACAAGGCGCGAUUGGGCGAUCAGCCACAGCCGACGCAGCCAGCGUCGGUUGCAGGCUCGGAGUUGCGCCAGCAGCUGUACGUGCUAUAUGGAUCUAACACCGGCACGUCGGAGACGUUUGCGCAGCGCGUGACGAGUGAUGCGGCUACUCAUGCAGGCUUUCGUGCCGUGAUGGGAACCCUAGACUCGGUCGCCGGCAAGCUUCCUACUGAUGGUCCUGUUGUCAUUAUCACUGCUUCAUUCGAAGGCGAACCUGCUGACAACGCCGCGCAUUUCGUGGAAUGGGUAACGAACGUGAAGGGCACAGAAUUGGCUAACGUCAGUUAUGCUGUCUUUGGCUGCGGCAACCGUGACUGGUUCCAGACCUACCAACGUAUUCCUAAGCUGAUCGACAGUGUGCUGGAAGAACAUGGAGCGAGGCGGCUCAUCGAGGCAGGGGCCGGCGAUGCCAGCGAAGCUGAUUUCUUUGAAGCCUUUGAUGACUGGGAGCGUAAACUGUGGGAGACUCUCUCUGAGGCGCGUUCAUUUCUGGGAAUCCGCACAAUAAUGAGUACUUACAUACCAUGCGGUACCGUUGAUGCAGGUACACACAGAGCGGCGGUAUUGCGCCAGUCAGAUGCCGCUUUGGGCACUGUCGUCGAGAACAGGCUGUUGACCACGCCAGGGGUACCCCAGAAGAGACAUAUUGUCUUCGAGCUCCCCGAGGGUAUGGCUGCUCGUGCAGGAGAUUAUCUUGCAGUUCUGCCUUCUAACCCAGUGCGUGAUGUUCGCCGUGCCAUUGCGCGGUUUGGUCUCCCCGCGGAGCAGGAGAUUAUUUUGACAGCCACUGGCCCAACGCCACUACCCGUGGAUCGCGCAAUCAGCGUCUCUGCUCUCCUAUUGGGCUAUGUGGAACUCUCGCAGCCCGCAACGACGCGAGACCUGCGCAUCCUCGCCUCGGCAGAAGGCGCCCCUGUAGAGGCCAUCCAAGAGCUGUCCUCUUCGUAUGCAGAGAAGGUGUUGGCCAAGCGGCUCAGCGUCCUGGACAUCCUGGAGGAGUAUCCGAGCAUCAAGCUGCCGUUUGAGACUUUCUUGACGAUGCUUCCCUCUAUGCGCGUCCGACAAUACUCCAUCUCGUCGUCUCCGCUCUGGGAUGCACAGAAGGUCUCCCUUACCGUAAGUGUCAUCGAUGCCCCACCCAUCUCGGGUCGAAAGGAAUCCUUCCUCGGCGUCGCAUCGACAUUCCUCGCUGGCCUCAACCCCGGCGACAAGGUGCAGAUUGCAGUUCGCCCCUCUAACGCCGCGUUCCAUCCUCCCACGGAUCUCAUGACGCCAAUGGUCAUGUUCGCCGCGGGUUCAGGUUUAGCUCCGAUGCGCGGGUUCCUCCAGGAGCGUGCGAUGCAAAAGAAGGCCGGCCGCGAGGUCGCGAAGUCGGUGCUCUUCUUCGGCUGCCGCUCGCCUAGCGAGGACUUCCUGUACGCCGAGCCGGACCUGAAGGAAUGGACUGAACUUGGGGUCGUUGACGUGCGGCCUGUCUUCUCCCGAUCCCCCGAGAUGUCGGGUGGGUGCAAGCACGUACAAGAUCGCGUCUGGAAGGACCGUGAAGUCGUCAGCGAGGCAUUCUACGCUCAUGCGAAGUUCUACACCUGUGGCUCCCGCAAACUCGCGCAAGGGAUCAAGGACACGCUCACGAAAAUCAUUAUGGAGAAACAGAAUGUCGACGAGGUUGAAGCUGCAGCCAGUUUCUCGGGUAUCAUACAAGGUCGUUACUUCACCGACGUUUUCGAGUAG